GGCGGGAGCGGUGGCGAUCGCUGCGGCGACCAUGGCGGGGGAGGCGGUGACGCUGCAGCUGGGGCAGUACGCGGGCUGCGCGGGGGCGCACUGGUGGGGGCUGCAGGUGCGGAGGGGGCGCAACGACCCGGGGGCCGGGGCGGGGGGGGGCCGGACGCCGGGGCCGGCGGGGAGGGGGACAGCGACCCUGCGCCCUGUUCCCGGCCCCGGUUCUGACACCCCCCGCCGCAGGUCUCCGCGCCGCGCAGCCCCGCCGAGCUCCGCGUCUCCACCUUGCUCCGCACCGAGCGGGAGCCCCCCACGCCGCGGCUGGUGGCGCUGGAGCUGAAAGGCGGUGUGGGCGAGCUGAUGGCCGGUGGAGCGGGCACGGAGGCGGCGGUGGCCUGGAACGGGAAGGUGGCGGCCUACCUAGGGAAUGGCUCUGCACCGCCGGACGCCGGGAGCCGGGGGGAAGACGCUUCCCGGGAUGGAAAGGGAAGUUCCAGUUCCGCGGUUCAAGGUGCAUCUCCUGCUCCUUCACGACUUGCUGUUUCCCAGGAGGUUCCCUCGGGCGGCAGCGUGCGGCUCUGGUCCGAUUACCUCAACGUGCGCUUGCAUCCCAAGAGCGUCUACGUCAUCCGUCAGUACAUGCACGAUGGGUAUGGCCUGGAGGGACUGUGGUUGUCUAGAAGCCUUUGGACAAGGUGAAAGUCUCCUGCAGGAUCCUGGCUGCGUAGAGGAGCUGGAAGAUCGGUUGCACUUUUAUGUUGAAGAGUGUGAUUAUCUGCAGGGGUUUCAAGUCCUCUGCGACCUGCACAAUGGGUUCUCAGGAGUUGGUGCCAAGGUGACGGAACUGCUCUGUGAUGAGUAUUCAGGAAAAGGAAUCCUGACCUGGGGCUUGACCCCGGUCUCGAGUAACGCGGGAGAUUCUCGGAAGAACAUUUACAGGCUGAUGAACACAGCCCUGGGAAUCGCCCGUCUCUCCAGCCACAGCUCGCUCUUUUGCCCCAUGUCGCUCAGGGGGAGUCUGGGAAUCAAGCCCCAGCCCCCUGUUGCGUUUCCCUACGUGGACUGUGAUGCAUCACUCGACUAUCACAGCAGCGCAGUUUUGGCGGCGGCGCUGGAUACCCUCACUGCUCCUUACCGGCUCUGCUCCUCCCAGGGCUCCAUGAUGCACCUGGCCGAAACUCUCACCUUCUCCGGGAGAAAGGCGGUGACUCGUCCCCCGGCUCUCUCUGACUCGCAGGUUGUGGCUGCCUGGGCGUCUCUUCCCUUCCCUGCCCGACCUGGCUGCUCGCUCCCUGAUGCUUUGUGUGCCCACCCGCAGGCCGUGCCCUGGAAGCUUCUGUCUCCCUGCAGGGAGCGGAAGGUCAGCGGCUGCUUCGCUCAGUCUGUUGUGCUGCGGGGAGUUGGCAAAGAAAGUCACAUCAGCAGCUGCGCAGGAAAGCCGCCCGCUUCGCCCCUCCACGCCUGCGAGAGCACGGAGGAGGCUCUGCAGCGAUACUUGCACACACUCUUCCCUGGGGCAUUCAGCACAUCCCACGUGCUUGAGCAGCCAUGCCAUACCCAACCUCCGUACCCCCAGUUUUUUUCUCCUCUUCUGACCAGACAAGGCUUCCUUCUGGACAAAGCUCCCCGUUAUCCCUCAGCAGCUGUUGACAGCAUCCCGGUGCUGGCGGCCCUGCAGGCAGCGCCCGUUGUGCGCACGCUCCUCCGGGGCUUGUACAAGGACGUGCAGAAGCUGAACGCGCGGCGCUGGGCCAGCUUCUUCUCUGCCGGAGUGGAACAGGACGACUUCCAGGAGGCCUUAGAGGAGCUACAGACUCUGGCCCAGGCCUACGAAACGGGGUUUGAAGCAGAUGAAUCUGAAGAUGAAGCAGAUUCAGACUAACUCGUCUUUAUUACUGGAGAGAGGGGGAGUCGGAAUAGCUUUAAUCUGAAAGUGAUCCUAAGGGGAAUGGCUCUGGAGAUGGCGCAGCUGCUCCCGCCUUUUCACUUCACCCGAAUCCUGGGACAGCCGCUCGCAGUUGUGGCGUAAAGGAGACAAACUGCUCUUUUUGCAGGCUGUUUUUCAAUGUUUGUUUGUUUGUUGUUUUCUUUUUUUUUUUAAAAGACUUUGCAAAACGAAAUUUGCUCUAC